AUGACCGCAACCCCGGCACGAACAAGCACCCUCCUCGCCAACCUCGCUGCCGUAAGCGCCCGCGUGAGCACAGCAGCAUCCAGCACAAGCGCAACACCCAAACCCGUCCGGCUCGUCGCCGUCUCAAAACUAAAACCCGCCUCCGACAUCCUCGCCCUCCACCAACCCCCAGCAACACAAACCCACUUCGGCGAAAACUAUCUGCAAGAACUCCUUGAGAAAUCCCGCCUGCUCCCACCAACAAUCAAAUGGCACUUCAUCGGCGGACUGCAAUCAAAUAAAUGCGUCACGCUCGCGCGGGAUGUACGGGGUCUCUGGGCUGUUGAGAGUGUUGACUCUGAGAAGAAGGCGACGUUACUGAACAAGGGAUGGGGGGAGCGGAAACCUGACGACGAAGAGAGGGCUGCCCGCAAGGACGCUUCAGAUCCGGACGUAGAUCCGGAGGAUCGAUUACGCGUUUACGUGCAAGUCAAUACAUCCGGUGAGGAAAACAAAGCCGGCAUCGAGCCUGCUUCGGCACCGGGGUUGGCGCGGCAUAUUCGGGAGAAGUGCCCGCGACUCAAGUUGCAGGGUGUUAUGACCAUCGGGGCGAUUGCGCGGUCGAAGGCUACGACGGUGGAGAAUGAAAAUGAGGACUUUGUUCGGCUGAGGGAGGUGAGGGAUGCUAUUGUUUCUGAAAUAGGGUUGCAGGGUGAAGAGUUGGAGCUUAGUAUGGGGAUGAGUCAGGAUUUUGAGGGGGCUAUCUCGUUAGGUUCUGACCAGGUUCGGGUGGGUACUACGAUCUUUGGGGAUAGGCCGCCUAAGAAUGAGGCGAGGGUUAUUUAG